AUGGCCGACAACGUGACACCUCUCGCCUCACUGUCCCUGACCCAUGUAUACUACAACCCAGACGACCCCAUCUCCCUCCUCUGCGCCUGGCUCGCCCUCGUCCCGCAAGCGCUCUGUGUCGUCUACGCGACCUUGAUUUGGUCCACCCGCGAAGCCGAAGUGAUCCUCAUGUUCGCCGGGCAGCUCGCCUGCGAGGCCGCCAACUUUGCGCUCAAGCGCCUGAUCAAAGAGGAACGACCGGCCAGGAUACAUUCGACGGGAGGAAAGGGGUACGGGAUGCCCAGCAGCCAUGCGCAGUUUGUGUCGUUUUGGGCAGUGGCGUUGGGACUGUUUUUGUUGGCGAGGCAUACACCGAGGGAGCAGCAACAACAACAGAAACAGAAGCAGAGGGAAAAGAAGAAGCAGGUUACGAACGUGAAGACUACUACAAAUGGAAGCGGGAACGGGUCGCUGUUCAAGACCCUAACCGACAGCGCCACCGACCUCGAGCGCUAUGCCCACGAGCCCUGGUCCUUCGCCCACCGCUUCGUCGCCAGCCUGGGGGCGCUGGUGCUCGCGGGCGCUGUGGCGUGGAGCCGCACCUACCUGGGGUAUCACACGGAGAAGCAGGUGCUGGUGGGCUGCGGGGCGGGAACGCUAUGCGCGGUUGCAUGGUUUGUUGUCACGCACGUGGUGCGGCAGUCGGGCUUGCUGGGACAGAUCUUGGAUUUCCCUGUUGUUAGGUGGUUUCGGGUCAGGGACCUGGUUGUUGAGGAGGAUCUGCCGCAGGCUGGGUGGGAGAAAUGGGAGGAGCAGAGGGUCGCUAGGAGGGAGGUGGAGGAGAGGAAGAAGGCGCUGUGACGGGUGGAGGUUGGAUUCAUGGGUGCCCAUGUUAGCCGGAGAGGAUAUACCAGGCGAAUUCAUUGAUGCUUUGCUGAC